GUUAAAAGAGAGACAAAGAGGGUGAGAGAUGGCAGCAGUUAAGAUUUAUGUCUUGGCUUUGGCAUUCUUAGGGAUGUUAUCUAGUGAUCAUCUAGUGCAUACUGCUGAUGCUGCAGCAAAUGAUGAUCAAAGCUGCGAUGAUAAUUUUAAAGGUUUAGUAAAUGAGUGUGCUAGUUAUGUAAUGAAAUGGAAGUGGAUACCAAAAAGAGCACCAUCUAUUGCAUGUUGUGCCGCAGUAAAUAAAACUGAUGUUGAUUGCAUCUGUAGCCAUGUCACUAAAAAGGUGGAAAGCCAAAUCAGCAUGGGCAAAGCUGUUUACGUUGCUGAGAAAUGUGAUAGGCCACUUCCUCGUGGAUCCCAAUGUGGAAGUUAUACCGUUCCAGCUGCAUGAAAACUGAGAGUAGGAAGGAGCGCAAAAAACAGUUUUUAUUUGAGGCUGUAAUAAAUGGCUACGGUUCUCCCAUUAUUUUUCAAAAAUUC